AUGGCUUCUCAAUAUCCCCACCCAUUAGUCUUGACUAAUAAUUCCUUCCCUCCACCCGGAGCCACCAAUUCCACAAUCACAGAAAUCCUCAAUAGAUUCUGUAGCUCCAUCAACUUCCCCAUCCGCAUCUUAGGAUGUUCUGUAAAAGAAGGCGGAAACAACGUCAUAAUCCUCUGCUACGCAGUAUUCACCAGUCCUGUACGAGACACGCUACCCUCACCAAUAUCCUGCAUUCUCCGAAUCGGCAAAUUACGCUGGAACCUCCACGACUACGUCGAUCCCGGAAUUCUCGAAAUGGCCGCCUUCCACCACGUCAUGGGGAACACAUCCCCACUCAUCCCAUCCAUCUACGCCUGGGACGCCACAUGUGUGAAUCUCCUCGGAUGUCCCUAUGUCAUCCAACCACUGAUCGCUGGUCACGAUUUGCAGACGCUCUACACACCACUUAGCGGCUGGCGCCAUCCCAUCGAAACGCGCAUCAGAUUCGCCCACGAAAUCGCUAGAUGUAUUGCGCACAUUGAAAGUUUUCGAUUCGAGAACUACGGCACCUUUGCCGUUUCCGCGCGCAUGCCAGAGAAGUGUUCGGAUCCGAGUUCUCCCAGUAUUUCAGAGCUGAUUGGGUUUUCGCCGAUCCCCUGGACUGCGAAUCUUUUCAUGAGGAAGGAUACCAAGAUCGGACAUUUCCUGAUUGAUAUCUUAACCUCGCAGUUGAAUGAUGCGAGAAGUCCAGCGGCAGAGGAGAGGCAUGGUAUUCUCGUUCCUAUGGCCUGUGAAUUGAAUGAGCUUGAACACACUCAUUCGUUAACACAAAAUGGCGAACCAGCUGUUCUUUGGCAUCCUGAUUUUUGGCCACGAAAUAUUAUGAUGGAGAAAAAUGAGCAGGAUGUGAAGAUCACGGGGGUUAUCGAUUGGGAUGGAGUAAUGAUUGUUCCGAGGAUCAUGACUCGUCGAGCUCCGGUGUUUUUGUGGGAUGAAGGGGAUGAGUUGUCGGUAUUUGAGAGGAAUAUUAUCAAGUACCGAUUCGAUCAGAGGAUUGAACAGUUGUUGCCCGGGUAUUGUUCGGAUGCAUAUUCUGACUGGGGGAAUAUGACGAGGGCGAUAGCAACGCAUGCGUUGAAGGGCGUGGACUGGAAUUACUGCGAGCUUUCUUUUGGGGCGUUGAUGGAGCUGUGGAAUGAUUUUGUGGGGAAUGCAUGA